CAGACUGGCUCACAAGACCCACUCCUGAUGAAAAAAAAAAGGGAAUAACACGCUCCGCCUCAACCCACGCCGUCGCCGCCUAAACCUUCGCCACAGUACCACGCGCCGCUCCUCUCGCCGCCAGUCGCCAGUGAGUUGCGGGCGUUCUUGCCUCUCGCGGUAUAGCAGUUUUCGUCUCGCUUGUAUAGCUUCUCUAUUCCAAGGAGCGGGUGGAAGGUGGGGAUGGAGGAGGUGCAUCUAGGUCUGCCAGGUCCCUGGGCGGAGGACUACCGGGAGAAGGCCGACCACUACACCACUAAGAUCGGUGGAGUCCCUGAUUGGCCAACUGAUAUAAGCAUUGAGCCUGAAUCGCUUCAGUGCAGCUUGUGUGGAACCAAGCUUUGUCUUGUUGCUCAGGUUUAUGCGCCUGUGGCGAAGUUAAACAUUGAGGAGAGGACAAUCUAUGUGCUUGUUUGCCCAACACCAAAGUGUGGGCCUAACCCUCAAAGCUGGAAGGUCCUAAGAGUUCAGAAGUGCCAUAGUGAUAUGAAAACAGAUGUCAGUGGUGAUGCAUUAGAUCCAUCCAGUGGGCCUACUUCUACAAGCUUUUCAGAAGAAAAUAAUGGCAAAAUUAAGAGUCCUGAGAUCAGCGAUGAUGAUUUCGAUCUGGAUGCCCUGGCCGAAGCACUUGAGCAAGCCGCAACAUUGGCGUCUAACUCAAAGAAGCAAAAUAAACCGAAGCGUUCUAAUGCCCCCAUAAAACGCCCUGUAAUAAAGGAGAAAGCAGGCGAUCCGAGCAUACCAGUUCUUCCUUGUUUCUACAUAUAUUAUGAUAAGGAGCAAUACGGGGGCAAAAGCACUGUGGCUUCUAGUAGCAACGAGUUGGUUUUGGCAAAAGAAAUUGCAGACACAGAAAAUGAUGAAGAAGAAAAGUGGGAAGGAGAGAAGUAUGAAUAUGAUAAAGCUAUUGGUGCUGAUAGAACUUUCUUAAAAUUCAAGAAACGGUUGGAUGCAUACCCUCAGCAAUGUUUUAGGUAUUCUUAUGGUGGUAAGCCACUAUCCGCUGCAACCAAGUUACAAGAUGCCGGCAUGUGUAGGCUUUGUGGUUCACCACGCCAAUAUGAACUGCAAUUAAUGUCUCCUUUAUCAUAUUUCCUCCAUGAAGCUGGCAAUGAUUCCUCAAAUUAUGCAGCCAACAACUGGACUUGGCUGACUCUUAUCAUAUACACUUGCUCUAAGAGCUGCUGCGCGUCCUCCUGCGGUGGAAAGCCUCACAGCUGCUGCUGGGGUGUAGCAGAAGAGGAGAUGAUGAUUCAGGAGGAUGAAGCUCUCUAGCCUUAAUCUGUUGAUAAACCAUUCUUUUUUUAGUGUGUGAUAAACGUUUCAAGGGAAUUGUCAAGGUUAAUCUUUGAUAAUGCGUCCGGGUAUACCGGUCGAUGGGAGUAUGAUCAACGUUUCCUACAGGUGUGUGUAUGGAUGAUGAACUCAAGAACACAAGAGGUUAUCUAGGUUCAGACCUCCUAUGAUAUAACAGUCACAUGUCCUGUGUAUUUUCUUAUGAUAGAUAUUAACUUGGUUACAGAAAGAGUUUUGUUUCUUA